AUGAAGCUUACUGCGACCGUCGCCCUGGUUGCCCUGGCUAUCUCUGCAGAAGCCAGCGCGUCUGAUUCCUCUGCCGCCAUUGUUGACAAGAGAUCGAACUGGAAGAAUUCGUUCGAUGGACAGAGGGUCUACAGGACCCCCGGGUGUGAACGCGAUGAUGGCGCGAGCUAUGCUUAUGUCUGGUCCAGAUGUGUGCCUUCCACCGAGCCUAACGGGAAGGAUGAGUUGGCCAGUGCAGGUGACUGGCUCGAGGGUCAGCCAUGGUGCUGGCUUGUUGAUAAAAACAGCAACUGGCAAAAGUGUGGUGGCUCUCAUGAAAUCGUUGACUGGGCCAUUCAGGAAUCAGCUUGCGCUACCAAGGAAAUGUCCCCUCGCGGUGGCUGCUCAAAGGACACUUAUUAG